AUGGAAGCCGACGAACAGCUGUAUCCAAUUGCGAUCUUGAUUGAUGAGCUCAAGUCAGACGAUGUUACUCUUCGUUUGAACUCGAUUCACCGCCUCUCCACCAUUGCCCUUGCUUUGGGUCCAGAGCGUGCACGGGAUGAGCUGAUUCCAUUUUUGCAUGACUCUCUGGACGAUGAAGAUGAAGUUCUCCUUGCUUUGGCGGAAGAACUGGGGGCUGACUUUGCCGAGUAUCUCGGUGGUUCUUCUUAUGCCCACCUACUGCUCGGACCCUUGGAAAAUCUCGCAACGGUAGAGGAAACGGUCGUACGCGAAAAGGCAUGCGAGUCAAUCAACCAGAUUGCUGGGAUCAUGAGCGACCAACAAGUGCGCGACGAAUACUUGCCGCUUCUGAAGCGUCUUUCAAGCGGUGAAUGGUUUACUUCGCGUACCAGUGCCGCACUGCUGUUUGCGUCUGUGUACGAAAAGGUACCCGGGUCUAUGCGUUCCGACGUUCACAACAUGUUUGCUGCUCUGUGCAAUGACGACACACCUAUGGUCCGUCGUGCCGCAGCGCGCGAUAUGAGUGCUUUGGCCAAGCACAUGCCCAAAGAUGUGAUUGUGAAGGAAAUCCUGCCGCUGUACCGUCAUCUCUCUAGUGAUGAUCAGGAUUCCGUGCGCUUGCUCACUGUACAGGACUUGGUGACCAUGGCGGAGGCACUGAGCCCCGUGGAAACACAGCAGCUGCUUCUUCCCUCCAUUUGUGGUGUAUUCCAAGAUAAGAGUUGGCGUGUUCGCUACAUGGCGGCGGACCACUUUGUGAAGUUGGCAUCGGCUGUGGGAGAGCGUGUGGUGCUUGAUGAGCUAGUACCUGCAUACAUCAACUUGAUGCGCGAUGCCGAGGCGGAAGUGCGUACGGCAGCGGCUGGUCAAACCCCUGGUCUUGCCAAACUGCUCGAUCAAAGGACUAUCAUUGACCGUUUGUUGCCGGUAGUCAAGGAGCUGGCUGAUGACCCAUCACAACAUGUUCGCGGUGCGUUGGCCGCGCAGGUUAGUGCUCUGGCACCCUUGCUGGGCAAGGAUGCUACAACGGAACAUUUGCUACCACUCUUCCUGCAAUUGCUUAAGGAUGAAUUCCCAGAAGUUCGCCUGAACAUUAUCUCGCGACUCGAGCAAGUGAACGAGGUCAUUGGUAUUGAACUGCUGUCCCAGUCCCUACUCCCAGCGAUCAUGACUCUCGCGGAAGAUAAGCAGUGGCGUGUGCGACAAGCCAUCAUUGAAAAUAUCCCGCUUUUGGCGCACCAACUAGGCGUCAAAUUCUUUGAUGAGCAGCUGAGCAACCUGUGCAUGAGCUGGCUUGGUGAUACCGUGUUUAGCAUUCGUGAAGCAGCUACGAUCAACCUUAAGAAGCUCACGGAAGUAUUUGGUGUGGAAUGGGCGCGCCAAACUAUCAUCCCGAAGGUGUUGCAGAUGAGCACGCACCCGAACUAUUUGUAUCGUAUGACAACAAUAUUCGCUAUGACUACCAUGGCACCUUCGUUGGACACGGACACCAUCGUGCACAGUGUCCUUGAUGCGCUGCUUCAAAUGGUACAGGAUCCCAUCCCGAAUAUUCGUUUCAAUGUGGCCAAGGCCUUUGAAGUGCUGGUGCAUGAGCUUGCGACUUCGCCGGACGGUAAGCGCACCAUCAAGGAGAAAAUUGUGCCUGCUCUGCAGACGCUGGGUGAUGACCGCGACGCCGAUGUGCGGUUCUAUGCGCAGCGCGCGUUGACGGCUGCGCAGAAGUUGUAG